UGAUAUCAUUUCUACACGUACAGAAGGAGUAUGAUCGUGAUCUCAGCUCGUGAGAAUACAUCUGGCUCAACGCAACAAAGCAUGCCUUUGCGGGCGUGUGUGCGAUCUGUGCAGAUUCUACAUCGCGAUUAGUGUACGGUCGCCCGGACGGGCGUUAUCGCAUUACGGAAUACGCAAUCGUAAGUGCAAAUAAUGCUUUAGCGUAUGCAUCAAUGUGACGGUCCCAUUGUUACGUGGAAACAUGGAUAAGGGUGUGCAUCAAGGUCCAUCUUCGGCGCACGGCUCGUGCGGGCCUUACAACAGCGAAGUGUACGUGCGCAAGCCUGGAAAUACCACCAUCCAAGAACAUGUUUCCAGUAGCAUGGAGGCUGAGACAUAUGAUUCAGCGGACGAUGCUGCGCAAGGCGACACCAGUUCCUGGGAAGGGAAUGACGAUCCAGAUCUCCAUCCGAACGUGCGCGACCGUAUGCGGAGAAAGUUGCGCUUCUUCUUCAUGAACCCAAUCGAGAAGUUCCAGGCCAAGAAACGCAUUCCUGUGAAGUUAGUGUUGCAAGUGGUGAAGAUAGCGCUAGUCACGCUGCAGCUUGUGUUGUUCGGCACCAACAGCUACUCGUACCAGCAGCAGCACAGGGACACGACCGUUGCUUUGCAUCACAUCUUUCUUUUCGAUUGGGACAGUGUACGUGAAAUCGCCAACUACCCUCCCGCUGCGGGGCCGUACGCAGUGUACACAAAGGCGGAGUUUUACAGGCACGUUGACCAUGUCGUGCGGCGGUACUCCAACGUUACGACCGCGGCGAUCGGCUCGUUCGGCUACGACUCCCCGACUGGCGCUCUGGUACCCCUCGUGUUCUGCAAGACCUACUACCGCAAGGGCUACGUUUGGCCCUUUAACGAUACCCUUAUCUUUGACAACUACCCCGUGCGCCGUUGCCUAGCCGUGGAAGGGCCUGAAGCGGGUAGCCCCGUUUGGCACAACUUCAGCACCGAGAGUUACCUCCGUGAGCAUAAUUUCUCCCUUAUAUUCGAGCGCCUCAUAAACGUCCACCUAGAGUUCACCCUGAAGACGGUGUACCUUAAGAGUCUCAGCAAGUUUGAUUUGCCAGACUGCUACAGGUACAAUAUCACUAUAUUCUAUGACAACGAAGCCCACGACGGGCAGCUGCUAAUAUCGCUUGGCGUACAUUCAAGAAAGCUGGACUGCACCACCAAUGUGUUGUACACAGACUCUAACAAGAUAGCGUAUGCAUGCCUCCAGGCUGUCAAUGUAAUUGUUAUUGUUAUCUGUGCUUCCUCACUAGUGCUGUGUGUCAGGUCUCUUGUCCGUGGCCAAACACUGCGUCGAAAAACGGUGAAGUUCUUUGCAAAGUACUACAAGAAGAAGCUUACCAUGUCCGAUGAGUUGGAGUUUGUCGACUUCUGGUAUGUAAUGAUUGCCAUCAAUGACGUUCUCAUCAUCUUGGGUUCCUGCUUGAAGGUACAGCUGGAGCAGCGCGUCUUAGAUGGUCAGCAGUACAACUUAUGCUCCGCACUUCUCGGAACCGGAAACCUUCUCGUAUGGGCCGGUGUGCUGCGCUACCUGGGAUUCUUCAAGAAGUACAACAUCCUCAUCCUAACGAUGCGUCGGGCGUUUCCUAACAUUUUACGCUUUCUACUAUGCGCCCUGCUUCUGUACUGUGGUUUCUGUUUCUGCGGCUGGGUCGUCCUGGGACCACACCACAUCAAGUUUCGCUCCCUCAGCAUGACCUCCGAGUGUCUGUUUGCCCUCAUGAAUGGAGAUGACAUGUUUGCCACGUUUGCCAUCCUGUCGGAGACUGAUGGCAUCAUUUGGUGGUUCUGCAGGCUGUAUCUCUACCUCUUCUUGAUUCUCUUCAUCUACUGCGUUCUCAGCUUGUUCCUGUCGGUGAUCAUGGACUCGUAUGAGACAAUUCGCGAAAUACACGAACAUGGAGCACAGCCUGGUGAGCUUCAAAGGUUCAUUUCUGAGUGCAGCGACACAGCCACGAGCACAGCUUACCUGGAGGAUGACCAUUCGCCAAAGCGAAGCACGGCAAACAUUAUUUCCGACUUCUUUCCGUGCUUUCGCAGAAGAGGUUACACAGCUAUAUGAUGCUUCGUGGGAGCUGAUUCGUAGUUCAACAAAGGUAGCAAAGCUUUUUUAAAUUUAACUGGAAGAGAUGGGGAAACAGACUGUUUGCAGCCCACUGUGAUUGCUAGUACUAUCUUUUGUAGCAUUGGAAUGAAUCUCUCUAGAUUGGCCAUGUGAAGUGAUUGAUGUUACAAUACCAUUGACAAAAAUAGAGUGUUUUAACAAUGUUUUACUAUUAGCUGUUAGACUGCUGUAAGCAGGUAUUACACAUAGUUAAUACUAUUAGCACACUAUACCAAGUAGUAUAUAGUGGUGUUCUUAUUCUUCAUCAUCAUCUUGUUUGAAUUUGUUUAUAUCGCAAUAUAAAGUUGCAGCUGCUCUAUUUUCUUUAUAAAUGCUGCAAUGUGUGUUCACGGCAUCAAUAUUUGUUCAUACUUGAUAAAUAAAGGACAACAAUUUUGUGCUCUAUGAAUUGUUACGUGGCCUGCAAAGUCAGCUUGUGCACUCAUUAAUGUUCCUGACAACCAUGUUGAUAUCAUAAAUUCGUGAUUUUGUUUUAAUUUACUUUGUAUUGUUAUUUUUUUUCUUUGAGAAAAUCAUAAUUCCUCUUUUACUCUAUUGUUCACACAAGGCUAUGGACUUGAGGCAAGGUUAGGACUUCAGUUUUUUCAUCCAAAGAUUCUGCAUUUUUUACAAUGGUGCCUUAUAUGUAUAUUUGUUCUACAUUUCUUGAGUAUACAUUGCAGUUUCAUUUGCCGUUGAAACUCAUUGAUGCUUAUGACUCGCCUUCAGUAAGUGUAUAAUAUGAAGUGUGUCAGCAGAUCUCUGUCUAGGCAAUCUAAAAGCAAUAGUAUACUUCAGGCCUGCGUGAAAUAAACGAGCAUGGCGUUAGAACAAUCUUCCCAUGACACACAGUGAUGUCCGGCUUCACGAUUCCCAAUUCACUGAAUAAAUCAUAGCCAAAAUAUGUGUACUGAUGUCAUUCCUUUAAAUUUCCGAUCAUUUGAAGCAUUCCGGAAAUGUAUGCAAGUACCGUGGUUAAAGCAAAGUGGUCGCAUUGUUAUUCCAAUUAAAAAUUGUGCAGACCUCAAAUGCAAAAUUACUGCAGCCACUGAUUUGCGCAAAUCAAUCUUUCUCACAGUACGAAACGAUGUAGUAUAUUUCACUGUUAUUGAAAGGUCCGGAUUGUCUUGAAUAUAGUGUAUUCCAGUAUUAGUCACCUGCAAGUGAUGCAAUAUUGUUUAUCUUCUAUGGACAGACAGCUGCUUCCAUUUCCAAAAUAUUCAUGCUCCAGGUAUCUAUAUCUUUCCUGCUUGUGUAGAUUAUUAAAGCUGUUAAUACAGACAAUAUAUUUAAGUAUGUUGUACCAGACUGGGUUUAACUUUUUUAAAAUUGGCCCCGUAUCUGCAUGUUUCACUGCAAUUGUCAUCGAAUGACGAUAGUGUUCCGUCUAAAGAGAGGGAAUAAAACAUUUAUUUGA